GUCGAGUGGCAGAUCCAAGAUGGCGGCCGCCAGCAGAUUGACGAGUAUUUGGGCUGCUGCAUCAAUCCCUGCAGCUGGGUUUUUUCUUGGAAGAGUUUAUGCAGAUGGAAACAAAGUCCAUCCAAUGGAGCUUGAUAUUUAUGACAAGUCAGUCUUCAAUCAAGAGGUAAUCAUGCAAGAACCCCCWACUGAUAUUGAGAUCAAAGUGUCAACUGGCAGAAAGAAGGUCUUCAGUUACUGGGAUAGUGCCAAGGGACUUGUUGGCAAAGGACAAUCUUUAGCUGAAACAGCCAAUGACAGGACAACUGAAUUUAUGGCAUUACUAUCAACUGACCAGACAUUUCAAAUUAAAGUUGCUGUUAUCAGUAGCGGUGUUCUUAUUGGUGCCAUCCUUGCGGGAAGAGGAAAAAGAAGAAUAAGGAGAACAAUCUAUUCUGUUGGUCUGGGUACAGCUGCUGCUUCUGUUUGCUAUCCUCAGAAAGCAUGGAUUGUUUCCCAGAAGGUCUAUGAGAAAACCAAAGUCUUGCUCAUGGAACUAAAGUCAAUGUACGAUGAGCAGAAGAAAAAACAAAUGGCUGAGGUCAAACAGGAAAAAUUUAAAUCAGAGUUGAUAAAGGAAGAGGAAGUUGUAGCAAAGCCAAUAGAGGUGGUAACUCCUGCUGAUGAAAUGAAAAUUGAUGAACUAAUAAUUGCUACCACAGAGGAGGAGAUGCCUGUGUUGCCCACAAUCAAGGAAGUGGACAUUACGCCUAUAAGCAGUGCUCUUGAGACCAAAGAGUCUGACAAGUCUUAUCUCUCAAAUGUUCCAUUCCUUGGAUGGUUCUUUAAGAGUAAAAAGCCGGUCAUCAUUGAAGCCACGGAGAAUGCAGAAUCAGUUGUUGGUAAUGUGGUGGAAGAAUCUAGAGAGCAAAGCAAGAAGACUGAAGUGGUUGAAGAUCAUGGACAAUCAAACCCAGAAGAUAAAGACAUGUACUCCACUAGAUCUUAGUUCAGGGACAGGAUGAUUUGCAGUAGUUUGUUGGGGUAUUAGUUGAGAUUAAGGUUGUUUGAUAAUGUUAUUGUCAAUGGUGCAUUCUUAAAGCAAAUCCAAACCCAAAAUUUCUUUUCCUGAUUUUAAUUUUGCCCAGGGCUCACCUUAGAAGUGCUUCCUAAAUAUUGUACCACAUAAUGCUUGGCACCCAAAUUGGAGAAGGUACAGUAAAUCCUCUAUUUAGACCCCGGGGCUUAUCUAUUUCAGGCAUGUUUGAGGGAGGGCUUAUUGGAGAGAGGGGGAAGGGGAGGGGGGCUAAAAAGAGAGAGGGGCCUAACAAAUUUCUUCCUUUAAAAAGGGGGGCUUAUUAGAGAGGGGAGGCUUAUUUGAGAGGGGAGGCUAAAUAGAGGAUUUACUGUAUGUAAGCCACAAUACCUUGAGCAAAAAAUGCUACAUGCUUCAUUGGGGGGAGGGGGUGGGGGUCUUUGGAACCUUCGGUGUUAAUCCUAACUUUUCCUCCUUGUUUGUUUCAUGCAUGUACACUUGACUUAGGCCCUAUGUGCCAUUUAGGCAUGAGGAGGAUAGGUACAGACGUACACUUAUCAGGCAGGCUUGAGAAAGCACAAUAUUUUAAGAUAUACAAAAAUCCCCAUAAUUUUUGAGUUUUAGUCGAGUUUUUCUGCCAUAAUUGAAAGAAACUCUAAUGUUUCGGGCAAGAAAAGUAACUUAAGAUAAAAUGAUGAAACUCAUGUUUCUGCUUCAUUUAAUCAAAAAACUAUAACAUGCUUGAUGGAUUUGAUUUUAAAUGUUUGUUGUUCUAAAAUUUAAUGAUCGAGUUUGUUGUCAGGGCAAUAAAUAUUGUGAAUAAGAA